UCCAUUGGAUUCUUCGUAUCUAUAAAAAAAAACGUCUCUUCUUCCUCCUCCUCCUGUAGGAUUUCAUCGUCGAUCGUCGAUUGAUUGAGUCCGAAAUUAGGAUUCUUUUUUUGAGAGAGAAAAUGGAGACUGCUGCUGUCGAGGACCUCCACCCGGACUUGAUCGCCGGCGUGAUCCGCCUUCUCGACGGGCCUACGCUCGCCGCGCUCAGCUGCGCCAACGUCCGCUUUCGCUCCCUCGCCGGCGAACCUGACCUCUGGCGUGACCUCUGCCUCUCCUCCUGGCCGUCCCUCGGCCACCCGCGCCUACUCCGGCUUUUGGCGUCCUCGCAUCGCUCCUUCUUCGCCGACGUGUUUCCUUCCCCUGUUUGCACCGUCGCCGACUUCGCCUGCGGCGGCGACGGCGAAUCCAGCCUUCCGUCAGAGCUUAUCUCAGCCGUCGACCUCCGGCACCGCGGAUCGGUUGUCUUGUCUCUCGUCGUCGAGACGGACACGUCGACGUCGUGGUUCAUGGCCGCGCCGUUCCGCAUCGACGCCGACGCGGAGAGGAAGGGCGAGGGAGGUUCCUCUGUUUUCUCGCCCGAGGAGCUGACGCUGAGCUGGGCCGUCAUCGACCCACACCAUCGGCGUGCAGUGAGCGCGACGAGCCGCCGUCCGGUGACUGUUGACCGGCACUGGAUCACCGGCGAGAUGGUUGUACGUUUCGCGCUGGUGCUCGGCGAGGAGUGCGCCGUCGUGGCGGUGGUCAAUAUUGGCGAGGAAACAGGGCAGGUGCGGGAGAUAUACCUGGUGGCCGAGGGCGUGGAAGGCGCGUGUUUGAGCGGGAGGGAGGGUCUGGCGGUGCUCCGGUCGGCCAUGGAGGGCGGCCGGAGGCGAGGAGAGGAGCACGACGCAAAGAAGCGGUGGGAGGAAUUCGCCGGGCGACGGCAGAAGAUGAAGGAGACAGCGGCGAAACUGGAGAGGUUAGUGGAUUUGACCUGCGCCGCUGUGGGCGCCGCCGCUUUCUUGGCGCUCUUCGCCCUCGCCGUCGCCAGGUAAAAAUCUUUGGAUUAAGUACCGGUCCGGCUGAACCAGAGUGAUCCGAGUCGUCCGUUUAACCCCACCCUCACAUCUCAACCGUACGAUUCGCACACUCGAAUAAUAUUUUUUUGCUUUCUUUCUUUCUUUGCGAUAUCAAUUGAGAUACACAUUUGUACAGGAAUGAUAUACAAAGUAUAUAAAAUGGCUAGAAAUGGACCUGGCUUCUCCUCCACUAUUUGGGUCUAAUAAAUUUUAUAUUCAAGCCCAACAGGCCCAUUGGGUUUUGAUAAUUUAAUGCUAGUCAUUAAGAUUUUAGGAUUUAGAAUAACUAGCAGUAGCGGAACAAGUGGGAGAGUCGGUCGGUCGGUCGACCGCAUCUAUUCUCAUGAGCUUCAUUUGCCGCCUCCCCUAACGGCAUGCUGGACCAGUUGGCCAAUAAUUUACUACUAGAAUACAUGUUGAUGCACUACUAGAUAUGCUCACUGUCGGUACUAUAGGGCUACUACAUAUCCCAUUUUUGAUCCAACUUGCUGUAUGAAUAUUCCACCAUCCUUCAGGAAGACAGUGAACUGGAUAAGAUACAUUCCAUGACUCGAUCGAUGCACGAUUGUAGAUAACACUCAUCAGCAACGUGGGGGCCCCGUAGGAGCUGUAAAUGCCAUCGGAAUGUUGGGAUAAGGAAGCUGACCUCAAGCAGUUAGUCAUAGAGUUUCAUAUGUCCAAAAAUUUGCGGUCUCGCUCGGGUCCUUUGCGUGCCCAAUUUCCUUUCGUCCCAAACAUGUUCGAUCUGAUCGUCGUGUCCGAUUCGAUCCAACACACUUGGGCCUUUGGACGCGCUCGGUGAGCCCCAAUGCGGACAAGUGGAGUUUAGUGACAAUGUUUUAUUAUUAUUAUUAUUUUUUAAUUGUUUAUUUGUUUUGG